UGCUCUCUGCCUAAGGGUCCUGGCAAGGUGGCCACAAGUUGGAUCUGGUGGCUUGGUAAGCCAGAUGCGACCUGCUGGCAGUCUCUUGCCGUCAGACGUAGGAUCUUCCUUCAUGAGCAGAAGUCUGAUAAGUCCACUGUAUCUAAACUAGUGGUUCUCAGCCUAUUUAUCACUGUGGGCUGCAGGCUGACAACCACAAUAACCUCCCCAAGCCUCCUGAGUCCCCAUACCAAGCACCCACUCCCUAAAUACCCUGCUCCAGAGCAGAGCCAAGAGCAGAGUCCUGGCUGUGGGCCAUGUGACAGCCAGAUCCUGGUGAUGCCGUGGCAUGGAUGCUAUGGGGAUGGAUGGCAGCCUGACCCGGACCUUUGGACCAGAACCUGCUAGGCAGCUGGGACCUGGUCCCCACCAGGCUGGGCGGCUUGGACCCCGGCAUCUGCUUAGCAGUGGAGCACCUGGUGUGGGCCAGCAAGUCAGGAUCUGAGAUGUGGGUCCAGGAGGAGAGCUCCUUCUAAAACCUAGAGGUGUUGCAGCUUCCUGCAAACCUCUAGUUCCCAGCAUCCCCUCCCGGUCACUGCCCAGAGCCCCUGCAAAACCUUCUCAGAGACCCACUUUCCUGCAUCCUCUGCCUUCCCUCCUCCUCUGACUCACCAGCACCCCGCUGAGACACUGUCUCCCCCUCAGCCAACCCUACCCCCUGUCAGACCAGAGCCAUAAAUUUUGAAUUUGUUUUUAAGCACACAUCUGGGCUGGGGCUAUGAGUCGAGACGUCACUGAUCUGAACAUUAAGUCCCCUGCACUACAAAACAAUAAAGCUGACUUCUAGGUGUGCGGCUGUUCCUGUUGCAGUUUGUAGAAAAAGAUUUGUUCCCCUACACCCAGCAGAGAUCCCUGGUGUUAAAUCAAAUUGCUUGAGCUGGCUGCUAAACAAAAGGGCUUUGUUUAAAAUAGCUGGCUUGUAUUUGCUCUGUAAAUGAAAGCAAAAUUAUAACAAUCUAAUCAUAUGGUAUGACUAAUAAGAAAACAUAUUAAAUAUCCUCUGUUUACCAUGUAGAAUAUUUUGAAGGUUGUCUAUCUGAUUUUUUUUCAAAAAAUUUCAACUUAAUAUUUCCCUUCUGUUUUAAGAGCAGUCUAUCUUUGAUAUCACCACUGCCACUAAUAGUGAUUUCAGAUGGAUACUAAAAUCACUUCUGUUUUUAGAUGUUUGAUAGUCUCAUGCUCCUAAACAUUUGCUCUACAUUUUCUUAAUUACUUCAGACAUAGUGGUGAGACUGAAUAAAAAUGGAGCUCAUGAAGGAGGAGAUUGAGCUGAGAGAACCUUUAAUAAUGUAAAGGAGCAGUCUUUUGUGGGGUGAAUUAAGGAGCAGUGGUUUAAGAUGAAACUGCUAAUCCAGGGUACACUGCUCUUUUGGAGGCAGAGGAUCUAGGGUUUCUGGGAGCAGCCAGUGUCUGGAUAUUUCCCUGGAUAUUACAGGGAAAUGCUUCAAGAGAUGUUGGGGACUAAGAUGCACUUAUUAAGGCAAAACCAGGACUGGAAUAGCCCAGAGAGCGCUUGAAAUGGCUGAAAGUGGUGAGCUUUGUAAAGCUCAUCUUGGGGGAUUUCCACUCUCUGCUGUUUAAAACCUAUCAUCAUGUUGUUUUAACCACAGACCAUCUCACUUUCUGUUUAGGAACAGCUCCAGUUUUCAGGAGAUUAGAAAAUUCCUCUCUCUCCAUGCUAAUAUGCAAAGCCAGAACACCACCAAGCCAUCUUAAAGCCUGCGAAAGCAACAGCUGAAGUGUGAGGGGUUUGAAUGGCAAAGCUGCUGUGCUGGAAUGAGGUGCCCAUUCUGCAGCAAGGAAGCUAGGAACGUUGAUAAAUGAAUAAGCAGGGCAGCAUUUGAACCCCAUGCCAGAGGAACCAGGGAGGGCUGAGAAGUGCUGGACAAGCUGGUAGCUUGAAGGUGAAAUACUGCAGCAAGUUGCUUCUGAAAUCUUCCAUGGCCUCUGAAGAAUUUAUGGGUCUCCCAAACAGCUUUCCACGCCAGAAUUCCACCAGUGGCAUUUCGCUAGACUUUGAACCUGACGUUGACUACCACUUCGUUGAAACCUUACAGGAACGGUACAAAUGUGCCUAUUGCCACUUAGUCCUUCACAGUCCUCACCAGACAGGAUGUGGCCACAGAUUUUGCCAGCAUUGUAUUAUUUCUCUGAGAGAACUGAAUCCAGUACCCACCUGUCCUGUAGACAAAGAAACAAUAAAAGGACACGAGGUGUUCAAAGACAACUGCUGUAAAAGAGAGGUUCUCAACUUGCAAGUAUUUUGCAAAAAUGCUCCUGGAUGCAAAUCAAAAAUAAUUCUGGGGCGAUAUCAGGAUCACCUUCAGCAAUGCUUAUUUGAAUGUGUUCAGUGCACUAAUGAUGGAUGUCAUGAUCAAAUUCUUCGGAAAGAUUUAAAAGAUCACUUAAUUCUGCACUGUAAAUUUCGAGAAGAAAUAUGCCAGUAUUGUAACACAUACAUGGUUUCAGUUAAUUUAAAGAACCAUGAGAAAAAUGAUUGUCCAGAUUUUCCUGUGCCUUGUCUCCACAACUGUUCUCAGAUAAUCCUGAAAAAGGAGAUUGAUGAACACUUUUCUGUGUGCCCUGAGGCAGAAGUAGAUUGUCCCUAUAAACAAUAUGGCUGUCCUGUAAAGAUUAAAAGAGGAAAGCUUGCAGAACAUGAGAAUGCUGCUCUGAAGGAACACAUGCUACAAAUUUUAGAUAAGAAUUCCAAAUUGGAAGAACAAAUAUCUGAUCUAUAUAAGAGUUUGGAAUUCAAAGAGUUUAAAAUCCAACAGCUCGCAGACACAGUUAAAAAGUGUGAAAAGGAAUUCAGACAGUUUGCACAGCUUCUAAGUAAAAACAGCAAUCUGAUGGUAAACACCCAGACUCUUGCCAGUCAUAUUGAUAAAUCUGUGUGGCUGGAAACACAAGUGAGGCAACUAAUACAAAUGGCAAAUCAGCAGCAAAGUAAAUUUGACCUGAGGCCACUGUUGGAGACUAUUGACAAUGUAAAGCAGAAGAUUGCCUUUAUGGAGACAUACGAUCAGCGUUUAGGUGUCUUGGAAGACCAGUCAAACAAACAUGACGUCCACAUCAGUAUUCACAAAGCACAACUCAAUAAAAAUGAAGAGAGGUUUAAGCUUUUGGAGAGCACAUGUUACAAUGGAAAACUCAUCUGGAAAAUCAUGGACUACAAGAUGAAGAAAAAAGAAGCUAUGGAAGGCCGCACUGUCUCUAUAUUCAGUCAUCCUUUUUAUACCAGCCGCUGUGGGUACAGGUUAUGUGCCAGAGCAUAUCUGAAUGGGGAUGGUUCAGGAAAAGGGACGCAUGUUUCCCUAUACUUUGUAGUGAUGAAAGGGGAAUUUGACUCAUUGCUACCAUGGCCUUUCAAGCAAAAAGUUACACUUAUGCUUCUGGAUCAAAGCGGGAAAAAAAAUCACAUUGUUGAAGUCUUUAAAGCUGACCCUCACAGCAGCAGUUUCCAAAGACCAGAUGGAGAAAUGAAUAUUGCCUCUGGGUGCCCAAAGUUUGUGGCACAUGCUGUGCUGGAGAGUGCAAAGAACACGUAUGUCAAAGAUGACACACUGUUCUUGAAAGUUGUUGUGGAUUUAACUGACCUGGAGGAAUUAUGAAGUACCUUGAAGACACGACUGUUUUAAAUUAUAAAUAAAGCUUUAUCUUGGUGACUAUUGGCCAAUUUCACAUAACAGUGAAUUGGCACUAGUCCAACUAUU